AUGGAAUCCCCACAUGACCCCUCGUACAGUAGAGCGAGAGAGCGAGCGGGCAUUGAGAACUGCCUCUCACGCGUUCCAGAAUACCGGGAACUCGUGCCCUUCUGCGUGGACCCCAACCACCCCCCCCCCCGCCACCACCCCUCACUCUCUCCAUCACCACAACCCACCCACUCACAAACAAACGGGAACGGAUACCCCCCCCCUCCCUACCCCAAAACUCCCGCAACUACCCGUGGGUCUUGUGUCUUGUUUACACCGUUAGCAAGAAGCACUGCUGAGCGGGAGCAAAGCCCAGCCUCAUGA